AUUCCUCCUUGUUGUUGGUUUUGUUUAUUAUGGACAGGAGCUUGCAUUUAUAGCGCUUUGUUUUUAUAGGUAUGACGACUUUACUAGGUGACAACGGCGUCACCAUAACCUGCGGAGAUGACGAUGUUACCACGAGAGAGAGGUUUCGCACCAGUACGCCCAGCAACGGUCUGAAUCCCGUUAGCUCCAGCUUAGACACCAAAAGCGAGGAGAGUAACGAGUCGAAGGGAGCCCGGGGGUCACAUGCGAGACCUGUCAGUGAGGCUGGUACCAACCGCUCAGUGAGCCACACGAGGUUGCGGAAUGGAGAUUUGUGUUACGAGGAUAUUGAGGCCGUGGAGGGGGUGGCGAAGGAGGAUCCCUUUAUCGUCGGUUGGAAAAGAGGGGAUGCGGACCCGUUGAGUCCGAGGAGUUGGAGUAUUUGGCAGAAAUGGACUAUUGUGUUGAUUAACUCGGUAGCGGCUGUCUGUGUGACUUGCACUUCCUCAAUCUACACGGCCACCUAUGCCCAGAUUCUGCCAGAGUUCCACAGCAGCCAGAUCGUAGCCACGCUCGGGCUGUCCCUCUUCAUCCUUGGCCUUGGCUUUGGCCCCAUGCUGCUCGCGCCGCUGUCCGAGUUUUAUGGCAGGCGCCCUAUAUAUCUCGUCUCCUUCGCCUUCUUCAUCAUCUGGAUCAUCUCUUCCGCCGCUGCGCACAACAUGGCCACUAUGCUCACCGCGCGCUUCCUCGACGGCUUCUCUGGCUCAGCCUUCCUCUCUGUAGCCGGCGGCAGCGUAGGCGACCUGUUCUCGCGCGACGACCUACAGGCGCCCAUGAUGAUCUUCACCGCCUCGCCGUUCAUCGGGCCCGUGCUCGGUCCCCUGAUUGGCGGCUUUGUCAACCAGUACACGCACUGGCGCUGGACGUACUACGUGCUGAUCAUCUGGAGCUUUGUGCUGUGGGUGCUCCUCAUCUUCUUCGUGCCCGAGACGUACCACCCUGUGCUGCUGCGCAACAAGGCACGUCAGAUCCGCGCUGACACAGGCGAUGAGAGGUAUAAGGCCCCGAUGGACAUAAGCAACAAGAGCAUCCAGCACGAGAUCCGCAUCUCCCUCUACCGGCCCUUCCAACUGCUAGCGCUCGAAUUCAUGGUCAUGAAUCUGUGUCUCUUUUCCGCAAUCCUACUAGGCAUCCUGUACCUCUUCUUCGGCGCGUUCCCGCUCGUCUUCCGUAAUAACUACAACUUCACGCUCUCGCAGAUUGGGCUUUCGUUCCUUGGCCUCUUUGUGGGGAUGCUGGCAGCGCUAGCUACAGAUUCGUUCUGGCAUCAGAAUUAUAGGAGACUAAUUAAGCAGAAUGAGAACAAUGGGGGCGCUGAGCCAGAGCACCGACUCCCGCCUGCGAUAUCAGGAGCUGUGCUGGUGCCCAUAGGGCUGUUCAUGUUUGGUUGGACGACGUAUAGCAGUGUGCACUGGAUCGUUCCGAUUAUUGGGUCUACCAUUUUUAGCGCAGGGUACGUCAAUUCAGUCAUAACUGUUGUUCAAUUUGGAAAUGUAGAAAGCCGUUGUCUCUGGUUUAAUAUUCCCCAACUGCAAGACAAUGCUAAAUCGCCGCCUACUAUUAGUAACCUUCUCGUCUUCACAGGAAUAUUCACAUUUCUUGUCGACGCCUAUCCGCAGUAUGCUGCUAGUGCACUGGCGGCGAACAGUUUCGUGCGAAGCUGUUUUGCUGCUGUCUUCCCUCUCUUUGGCGUGCAGAUUAGCGAUGAUGCCGUUCCCGUACCUCUUCUUCCGAUACGGAAAGCGGAUAAGAGGGAGGAGCCGAUUUGCCAAGCCGAAAUAGGAGGUUGCUAUCGAAGACUAGCAUAUGUGCAAGGAAUAUCACUCGACACCAAGAUGAAGCCAUCGCGUGGUGACUAUUGCAUACCCGUUUUUCCCGAAAUCGACAACCUCGAUGCGAUAGACUAUAUGACAAUCCCCGCACGGCGCCAACCCAACUCAGAAGAAGCACUUGGUGGUGGCGAAUUUUUCUUCCAUGACUUCGUUCAACGACAAGCUGUUGCAUGGUUUGGUGCCAAUGUGCUCGCAAAGACGGGCCCUAGGGUGUAG